GGUAGCUGCAGCUUCACAUUGAAACUACAUGUUUUCCAGUCAUCGGCAUUUAAAACGCAAGACACCAGCGGAGGGCAUUGAUCGCCGGGAAUAUAUUGCCCACUUGGUGGAUGAAUAUUACACAUCCACAAACGUUGAGGCACUCGAACAGGUUACUGCUAAUUUAGCCAAUUUCGCCUACGAUCCCAUCAACUGGGCCCAUUUACACGAGGCAGAUGCGUUGGACGUGUUUGUGGCUUCGUUAGACACACAGAAUCCAAAUCUUCAAUUGCAUUCGAUUGCAGCGUUGUGUAAUUUUUGCUUGGACAAAAACGCCGCCAAAUUCAUUAUAGAAAAUAUAGCCAUAAUCCGGGAAGUGCUGCUGCGCAGUGAACACUCUGAAAUUGUGCUGCACAGCCUGGCGCUCCACUAUCAAUUGCCGAGCAGCGGAUUGGGCAACAAGGAGUUGCUGGUGACGCCUCCAUUACUCAAACGUGUGCAGCACUGGCGACAACAAUCGAACGACGAACGCGUUCUAUGCAGCCAAGCUCGAGCGAGAGUGCAGCAGGUGCAGGUGAUAAAACGCUUCACACAGCACGAUCUUGAGACAUUCGCGCAAUUCACCGGAGACUACAACUACAUACACAGCACGGAUAUACCAAUCGAUGAGCGUCGUGUUCAUGGUGCCCUAUUAAAUGCAGUUGUGGCUGGCAUUAUAGGCACCAAAUUGCCAGGACCAGGCACCGUGGUGCUGGAGCAGAACUUCAAAUUCCUCAAACCCUGUCGCAUUGAGACGGACACCGUGGUGACGGUGCGUCUACUCCAGGCACGCAAAAUAUCCACUGUGGAGUAUGAGUGCCGACAGCACGACGAUGUCGUCUUUGCGGGCAAUGCCAAAUUGUUAACGCGCAAAGAGAGUUAAUAAAUUCAUAUAUAUAAUGUUUAGCA